UCACCCGAUAAUGAACGUCAAGUCACUGACAGAAUGGCGCAGGCGCAAAAGACCCAAACUUUAACGGAAUUGUAUUGAUGGGUAACCAUGGAAACCACAACAUUCAGACGUAAUGACAGCGUUGAACUUGACACAUUUAGUUCAAUAGUUCAAUGGCGCGUUGUCACUGUCACGGAACAAAUCGAUUUUGUGAAUCAAUUCAAUAAUAAAGAAGUUUCAAGUCAAGAGUUCAAGAGUCCCAUAAUGAAAAUCGAGCAGAUUACCAAUCCUAUUUCAUCUCUUCCAGACGAUGACCUUCAAGAAUGGGCAAAUAACCUUCAGUAUGCCGUCAAUAACUUGGGCCAGUUCGAGCCCAUAACGGAGGCUGAAUUGGCUAAGAUAAAGGAGGAUUUAGAGAAAGUCUACUUCGAAAUGUGGAAGAGAGCAUUUCAGCCGGUAGUUGCUGAGCUUAAGAUCCGACUUGCGCAGUUGAAGAAGUGAAACCUACAAGCUGCAUUAUUUGUUUUAAAAGUGUUACUACUACUACUUACUACAAUGUAUUGCCAUGUGUAUUGUUGGAAAUAAAAUACUUUUAAGUGA